AUGUUGGUAGUGGGAAACCACGGCUUCGAAAUCACCAGCCGUCCCACGCAAGGACGGAUAUGUCACUCGAGCCAGUCCACUGAUAUCAGGAUAGGACCUUGGCUAAUCGACUUGGGGCGCCGACGCCGCUCAAGCGGUAUAAAGGAGUAAGAACAAGAAGAAGAAAAAAGCAUUAAAAAAAAAAUUGAAAAAGAGGAAAAACUAAAAAAAAAUUAGAACCAAUUUUUCUUCGAUAAAAAAAGGGAAAAUAAAACAAAAAAUAAGUUCUGCUGUUUGGACAAAAAUAUAUUUUUCCUUUUUUUCGCAAAAAGCAAAAACAGCAACUUCAAGAACAUCUGUUAGUCUGAUUUUCAAUAAAAGGUAAACAUUCAAGCAAAUAAAGUGCGUCGGGAGUUGGUUUUCAGUCAUUAUUGAAGUUUUAUGUUCAAAAUUUAAGUGGAUAAAUUAUGUGAGGCCAAAGCGAGAGGACCUGUUCAAAUUAAUUUCCAAUUUUUGCAAGUUCCUGCUUUUGGCAGAACCUAAAUAUUUGCCAAAAAUAGAAGUUUCAUUGACUCAAAUCAUUUGAAAAGUUUACGUCAAACAAAAAUUGGGAAAAAAAGAAGAUGGGAAAAACUUUUUGAAAAAUAAGGCAUUGCCUAUGAAAACUUUGCCAUCACAAGUUAUUGUUCAGAAAGAAAGAUUUUUAUUUUUCGCUCCAAUCGAACCCUGCAAAAAGAAAAAAGAGUUUAGGGGAAAAACUUUUCUUCAGCGUUGUAUGAUAGAACUUUGUUGCAAAAAGUUGUCGUCAAAAGAAUUUUUCUGAUUUUUAAGUCGAACCACGAGAGCAAAUGAAGGUUUUCGCCAAAAAAAUCACAAACUCGCAGGCUUUUUUUUAAUGAUAGAAGCAUUUUGGAGAUCUUAAUAUAGCGAAAAAAAUAUUUUGUUAAAGUUUUUUUGUCAUUUGCCUGUAGAAAACAUUCACUACACAAUUGAUUACAAAAUCGUUUACUUUCGAGAUUUUUUUUUAGCGAAUUCUAAAAAAAAACGUGCUUGAGCCAAAUUUUUGCUUGUCGUCUUUUGAAUUAAUAUUCUUCGCAAAACUCCGUUCUAAGGUGAAUGAGAAGCACAAUGAACUCAAAAAGGGCCUUUUGGCAAAACUGAGCUGUAAAUAGAGAGUGAAUAUUCUUUCAUUCUUCAUGGUUUAUUGCAACUGGUUGAUUUUCACAAACUAAAAUUUAUUUUAAAAAAACGCUGGCAUAGGUAGAUGAGGCGAAGUCGCCAUAUCAGUGAUUAUCAGUGGGCUGUCAAUUGUUUUUGAACUCCCUCGUCGGGUCGGGGAUCGAAAUUGUGACCUUUCUGAUUGUAGACAGACACACAACCUGUUGCGCUACGAGGUAGUUUAGCUAUUCGUUGCGGAAAAAAAAAUAACUGAAAUUCAAAUGAAGAACCCUUCUAUGAAUUAUAUUUUUUUUUUCUAGCAGAUAAACCACGUCUCCCAUUGAAAAGUUACUCGCGAAAGCGAAAAUCCACAGUUUUCUACUGAUGGUUUACUGAAACCAGUUUUCUCUUGAGCUGAGCGUUCUAAGCUUAGUCCCAACACGAAACUAGAGACAACGGAUAGAGUCCCGAUCGAACCCAACCGCCUGUUUUCCAGUUUUGGACUGAAGCAAAGUGCCCACGGUCAGAAGAGUCUACUGUGGUCGUUGAUGGAGAAAUUCAGGCAUGACUCAUCUCGAAAAUGGACUGACGCAUCGAAUAGCACUCUCACCUUUGUUGCUGUUUUUGCGGGUGACAACAGCUCGGUGAGCUUAGUAGUAAAUCGCGAAAAAAAUUUUGACCUCAUUUUGUUCAAGCCCAUGACAACCUUAGCUUUUAAUCUUGCAAAUAUUUUUCCAUUCAUUUUUGCCCGAGCAAUUUUUCGAUGCUGCAAAUAACUUGAGUAAUUAUACUAUUUACUUCGAAACGAAGAGUAAGUCAACAGGUGAAAUGAAGUAUGAAAAAUGGUAGCACUGGAAAAUGACGAGGGAAAACUAAUAAGUAACAGUCAUCAAAAAAAGCCCGAAUCAUUUUGCUUUCUGUUUUUGAUUCCAAUGUAGCUCAAAAACAUUCCAUACCCUGUAAAGAUGUGAAAGGUAAAUGUGUACUUUCUUCGAAAGUGAUAGUCCCCAGACCCCACGCGCCGUGUGUUCGCCUUGCCCACGUCUUUUCCUCUGUUGCGGCUGUAUCGAGCCGCCUGUCGGGAUAACAGCUCGCGCGAUUAAUCUUGGACUUUUUGCCUGGUCCCGGUCGCAGUUCUAUUCUCGCCAGUCUUUUUUUCGGAUAGCAUGUUGCACUUUUGAAAAUACGAUAGAAAUCAUGUGCAUGAUUGGUAUUUUCUCACCCUCAAAUCAAUUUUCGCUCGCGUAAAUCUCACGGAAAUUUGUUCAGGCACACUAAGAAAAGUAUUUUUCUUUAAUCUUUUUUUUUCCCUUCCAAUAUUUUCAUUGUUCAAUUUGUUAUGAGCUUUUUUCUGAGAGAGGUCUAAAGUUUCAACAAUUCAUCUCGGAUAGAGUGUGAAAAAACUUACAAAUAUUUUAAAAUGACGCUGAAUUUUAACUCAAAAACAGUCGAGAUACUCGAAGAUAAGAUAAAGCAAUCAACAGCUCAACAUUUGCAGUUUUUGCGAACUACUGUCAAAUCUACCGCUGUGAGCAGUUUCGCUGUACAAAAGGUAUAAGUUCACUAUUCUGAAACAAUUGACGCGUUUUUCAGAAGCCAAAAAUCUUGGAAAACAAAAACUUCAAGGCUCUGCGCGAUUCUACAGCACGGAAAUCAUGGAACCAGGUACUUUUAUGCAUUCUUCAUUCAGCUAUGUCUCAUACACUUUUUGUGGCAAAGUACAUUUUUGCAUAUUUAUAAAAAAAGCGAGACUUCAAUGUUGAUUGUUAAAACAAAAAAAGUGUGGAGUUGAGAGUUUGAUAAAACUUUGCAGGAAGAGAUCAAUUAAGAUUGAAAGUUUAAAAAGUUUUGUUUCGAAGAAAUGACGUUUCAAAAUUUGCCAGAGGCGCGCUUCACUGGGAGAACAAUUCAGUAGAGACAAAAAGUUAGUUUUUUUCCCCGACUCGGAGCCCGAGAUCAGUAGAUUGUCAAGAAUGGAGCGUUGCGUACGCGACGCGGUUUUUUUGCGGGCAUUUCGAGGUCAAACGCAAUCGUUAAAAAAAUAAUUAUUGAAACAUCGAGUUCUUAUAUUUUUUUUACGUUUAUUCGUUUGACUAAAUUUUUUUAAAUUCAAAGGACGUUUAAAAACAAUCAGAAAAAAAGGUCGAAAAAAACUUGAAAUAUAGUGGCUCGCGUUUACGAGUUUCCCGACAUGAAGUACUUUGAUCUUUUCAAAACCUGUCAGCAAAGUUUCAUCAAAUUCUUAAUAUUUCUUCUUUUUUUGUAAUGUUAAUGGACUGCUUGUUGUUACCGACUUGUCGGCUGCGAAAUGAAGAGUUUUCGAACUUUCCUCAUUAUCCAGCAAAUCUGCUCAUAAACGAACUCUUUAGUUUUUUUCAGAACUCAAUCACCACGCAGAUUACGUGAAAUUUCUCAAAUCGUUUAAUUGAAAUUGAUUGUUAAAAACAAUAAUAAAAACUGCUUAUCGGAAGGAAACGUCUCUGCAUGAACGGAUAACAAAGAAAUAUCCCGAAUCCGGGAAAUCAAAAGUGACUGGAGCCAAUAAAAAAUAUUUCAGUGAUGAUCACUUCCUUUCCGGAAAUCCAAAUGCCGUCGCCGUUGCCGAUUUCGCACCUGAAGAUCACUUUGCUCGACGCCAUCGAACUUCAUUUGACAAAAAAGAAAUACUUCCAAGAUCUGAUUAUGAGGCCGGAAGAACUGAAUGUUAUACUCGAGGGUCUAGAUGGAGACUAUUAUAACAAGUACACUGGUAUGAAAAUGGAUUUUACGACUCCAUUCAUUGUCAACCCUCACGACUUGAACAGUCAAAACUUUUAUGUGAGGAGAUCCGAAAAUAUUCUUACUAUUGAAAAUCACUUGAAAUAUACUUUCCCACUGUUGUCUGGAAUGAUUUACCCAAAAGCCCCUUUAAUUUUCAGCCAAGAAGAAAAAAUUCCCUUUGCGUUAGAGGAAAUUGUAUUAGUUAAACACAGAUGCUUGGUAAAUGAAUCCUUGAAGAAAUAUAAAAAGAGACCUUCCAUCUAUGAUAGCGAUUCUGAUUAUUCUGACUAUUAACUUUUUUGUCUCUUCUUUUUCAACCUCACUGUCGACAUUUUCGCAAGAUUAGCUAAUAAUCUUCCUUUGUUUCUUUGAAAAACGUCGUUAGGUCUCUUAACUCCCUUUUUCAUACGUAGCUUGCUUCAUUUUCAAGUUUGAAAGACGAAUAAAAGUAAAACUUCUCAUUUCAUCGAAGGGUACAUAUGCAGCAUCGAAUUAUGGAAGAGUGUCUGGUGAGACAAAAAAUUCAACAAAAAAGUUUUUCGAAAACCUGAAGAGUUAUCUUGGGAUGUAAUUGACCAUACGCUUGAAAUUCCUUCAACUUAACAACUCUGAAAUAUCAAUCAAAUAAAAAAACCGAGAGCCUGACUUCAUUUCCUGAUUUUUUUGUUUUUUUGACAUUAUUUAAUAGAAUUUUUCAGGUCGCAUUUUGCGAAACUUCAUUUUUUAAUAGAAAAAGAAGUCGUGACAACUCAGAAGGGCAUUCCCUCCCCGACCAAAAUCAUCGGAAGAGAUUCGAACUUCCCAUGUUUUAUUCAUUGCUAAUUCACGGCUGGAUGAGACCAUCGAAAAAAGAUUUUGAAAAACAAAAAAAAGCAGACAGGCCACGCCUCCCUAGCGUUCCGAGUCGUGAAUCGGCUAUACUUUCCGCAGUUUUUUUCUUCUUUUUGCCAUCUUAUUCAUGAUCAGUUUAUUAGUUUUGCAAUAGUUUGAGUACUUUUUUUAAAGGGUCAUGAGAGGAUGAAAAAAAGUCUUAUAAGGGAAGUAAAAAGAAAAAAACCUUUUAAAAAAAUACUAUCAUAAAUGGUCAGAAUGGAAUUAUUAACUUGAGACUCAAUUUUGACUAUUUUCAUAAACUUUUCCUUCAUUUUUUUGGUUUUUCAAAGUUUAGAUUUUACAUUUUUUUAUGUUUGCAAAUUCAUGCUCAUUCAUUUCUCUUGAUUCAUCGUUUCGACAUUUUUUUGUCCUUUUUUUACUUUUUCUCAUUGUUGUUUGCAGAAGUUAUUCCUUUUUUUUGUUGUUCUCGACUUCGAAAGCCGCUAUCUGAAGUCGCGCCGUACAGCUCGACGGGAAGUUCAAGAUCCGCGUGAAGGAAGUCUACGCAGGCAACAUCUUCCAGUUACAGUAG